UUACUGUGAUGUAUAUGUUCACAUAUUAAUUCGCAAAUUAUUUUAAGUUAAUAUUUUAAAACGUAUUAUGGUAAUGAAAUGAUAUAAACACGAUACAAGACAAUUAUAAAAAAUGUCGAGUAAAUAUCAACCAGGAUCGAAUGUUACUCCGCAAUCACAGUUAGUACAAUGGAUAAACGAAGCUGGGAUGGCAGAGGGCACAAAAAAAGCCAAUCUAUUGAGAAAGAUUGUAGAGGUUUUGUUGCACCAAGCUCCACAAAUGGUGCCUGUUUAUAUGGAAAAUAUUUUAAGCUUAGUUAAUGAUAAAUCAACUGAUGUAAAGAGACAGGUUGUUGCUUUUAUUGAGGAGUUAAGUAAAGCAUUCCCUCACCUUCUACCCAAGAUAAUAAGUCAACUCCAAUUACUAGUUAUUGACUCUGUGAUAGCUGUACAGAAGAGAGCUAUCCAGGCAGCGAGCAUUGUCUACAGGAAUGUUUUAUUAUGGAUUUGCAAAGAAAGCGCUGAGGUAUCUGAAAUGCAGUAUGUGUGGGAGCAUCUCACAGAAUUAAAGCUCGUUAUUCUAAAUAUGAUAGAUAGUGAUAAUGAAGGAAUCAGAACUCACUCAAUUAAGUUCCUAGAAGAAGUGGUUCUUCUCCAGAGUUCGAAUCCAGAUGACUCUGAUGAAGAUUUUAGGCUGGAAAAUUUACCUACUCACUUGCCCUUCUUAAAAAGGGAUACGAUGGAAGAAGAAUCAGAUCACAUUUUUCAACUACUCCUCAAGUUUCAUAACUCGCAACACAUUUCAAGUGUGAAUCUAAUGGCUUGUAUGACAACGCUAUGCUUAGUCGCGAAAUUAAGACCUAAAUACCUAUCAAGUGUGGUCCAAGCUUUAGGCGACCUACACACUACACUACCACCAACAUUGUCGCAGUCACAAGUUAAUUCAGUACGGAAACAUUUGAAAAUGCAAAUAUUAGUCCUCGUCAAACAUCCAUCUUCGGUCGAAAUGAUGCCCCAACUGAUGCAGUUACUGUCAGAUAUCGGAAUGACACAGCAGGAAAUAAAUAAGGCUGUGCCUAAAGAAAGAAGGAAUAAACGAUUAGGUGAAAUAAAGAACGGGGAUACACCGGCCAAGAGGUUCAGAAUUGAUUCCCCCCAAAGCACUGUUGGUAGUGAUAGUAACAGCAACAGUCGGAGCGAUUUCAACAUUUUUGACGAAGAUAAUCCUCAGCCGAUUAUAACUAAAGCAACAGCAACUGAGGACUCCAUAUUUGAAGGGCUGAACAACAUAGAUAAUGUUGUCAAUCUCGUUAUGUCAACAUUAAGUAAUAAUUUACCAAGCGAAAUGACCAGUCAUUUUACGUCCACAUACAAACCUAUACCGAAUUCAGGUAGUAAAGUCCAAAAACGUGCAUUAGCGAAAAUGUUAUUAGCUUUAAUAAAAUACGAAGCUCCUGCCCCAGUAAUGCCGCCUCUAUUAUCAGAUUUCGGAACUAAAAUUCCGCUAUUGAGAGAAGACGACGAAAAAAUAACUCUUAAGAACGCAGUAGCGAAACUUCAGGAAUCUACGAAAGAUAAACAAAUAGAAAACGCAGUGUCAAAAUUGAUGGAAGAAACGAGACAGGAACAUUUGAAAGAAGAGGAGAGAAAAACUAAGGAUAAAGAAAAGUUGAUACCUCCACCGACCCCGACCGUUCCUAAACUUAAACAAAGAGUCAAGUUAUUAAAACUGCAAGAAAUCACACGACCAAUACCUAAGGAAGUAAAAAGUAAAUUAAUGAUUCAAGCUGUCGAUAGAAUUCUAAGGGCGGAAAAAGAAAGCGCCAUUGGUGGGGCUGCUCAGAUUCGCGCGAAAUUUAUAACGAUAUUCGCAUCGAGUUAUACCUCAGAUAUCAGGGAAUUAGUGCUAAAUUAUAUACUAGAAGAUCCUUUGAACAGAAUGGACUUAGCGAUGUCUUGGCUGUACGAAGAGUAUGCGUUAAUGCAAGGCUUCAACCGGCACCCGGUGACAUUACAGCCUAAAAUUCAUGAGAAACAUGAUGACAAUUAUAAUCAGCUGCUCUGUGCCUUAAUUACUCAAAUAUCGGAGAGGGGAGAUCCGAUAAUGGAGGCCAGCAAAGAUGUACUUCUGCGGAAGGUGUAUAUGGAAGCUCCGGUGGUCACGGAUGAAGCGAUUGACUAUUUAAAACAUUUAAUCGCAGAAAAUAAAUCGUCGAACUUAGCAUUGGAAUUGCUGGAAGAACUGUGUAUAAUGCGGCCUCCGAGAUCGCACAGAUACGUCGCGGCGUUGGUAGGCCACGUAUUGAGUGAAAACGAAGAAAUUCGAGAUAUAACGUUAAAAUCGUGUGUAAAAAUUUAUAAGCAAUGCACAGAGUCGGCAAAGAAAGUGAUUGAGAAAAAUGGCCUUUUGUAUCUUGGAUUCAUAUCUCUUUCGACACCUCCGCAAGAAUUGUUUGGGAACAGAUACAUGAAUAGACCCUGGACAGACGAGUUGUACAAGAUGUGUCUCAAUCUUGUAAUGGCACUGUUUCCAGAAAAGGAAGAACUGAUAAUGGAGAUAGCGCGCGUGUACGGCUGCGCGGGCGCGGAGGCCAAGCGCUGCGUGCUGCGCCAGCUCGAGGGCCCGCUGCGCGCCGCGUUGCAGCCCGCCGCGCUGCGCCCCGCCUUCACCGCGCUGCUGCACGACUGCCCGCGCGGCGCCGAGACGCUGCUCACGCGCCUCGUGCACAUCCUCACCGACAAGGCGGCGCCGAGCGCGGAGCUGGUGCGGCGCGUGCGCGAGCUGUACGCCACGCGCGUGUCCGACGUGCGCUUCCUCAUACCCGUGCUCAAUGGACUCUCUAAGAAGGAGAUCUUGGCUGCUCUACCGAAAUUGAUAAAGUUAAAUCCUGUCGUUGUAAAAGAAGUUUUCAACAAGCUGCUCGGAUUGCAGAAUCCUAACAAUGAACAAUUGCCAGUGUCACCGGAGAACCUCCUGGUAGCUCUACACUUGAUCGACCCAAAUAAGGCUGAUCUCAAGUACAUCAUUAAGGCGACAGCACUUUGCUUCGCCGAAAAGAACAUAUUCACACAUGACGUAUUAUCAGCAGUUCUGCAGCGGCUGGCCGAAGAGACGGAGAUACCUGUGCUGAUGAUGCGGACGGUGCUGCAGGCACUCACACUGUAUCCGAAUCUAAGUGGUCUUGCGAUUAACAUUCUGCAAUUACUAAUAGAGAGAGAGGUGUGGAACAACAAAGUGGCGUGGGAGGGGUGGCUGAAGUGCGCGGAGCGGCUCGGCGCGCGCGCGGCGCCCGCGCUGGCCGCGCUGCCGCCGCGCGCGCUCGCGCUGCUGCCGCCGCACCUCGCCGCGCUCUGCCCGCGGGAAACGCCGUACACGCCAAACCCUAUCGAGCCAUUGCCACCGGGCAUGGAAUGACAAAUGUAUAGACACUGAGUCCUACAGUUCUGCCACAUUCUACAAAUAUUACGUUAAUAUUGUACGAAUACAUACUUCCUUAAUAAUACCACUAUGUGACUUCCAUAGUAUAUGAUUGUCUGGUACCAGAUUAAGCCUUAAAUAUAUGAAUUGUAAUAAAACCGCUCGAUGAAUAUUAAUGUGUUAAUGUAAAACACAAUGUUACAAAAAAAUAAAAUCUUUUAAAAUCGUCACAGA